AUGCAUUUGUCGCUGGAUUCCAUGAGCAUGGUGGAUGACAGCUGUCUCUCGCCUGGAAACUUUCACGAGAUGGUGAAGGGUGGAGGAGUGGCAUUGGGAGGGCGUGUCCACAGUAUUGAUGUCAUCCUGGGCUUCAGCAAGGACCACGACCCCCUCCUGAACCCUGGGGGCCCGGGGACCCACAAAUCGGGCAUGGAAAGUCUGGGCGACCUGGGGAAACCAGACCCCACCAACCCCUACGGACACCUCUCCUCCCUCAGGGACCACUCUGAUCAUGCAGCCUUCCAUGACUCCGGCCUGUUUUCCGAAAAGUGCGAGGGGGAGCUGAGCGAGCUGCGGAAGGGCGUGGAGAGCGACGGGAAGUCUCCCGAGCUGCUGGAGGAGGAGGAGCAGCCCAAGAAGAAGCACCGGCGCAACCGCACCACCUUCACCACGUACCAGCUGCACGAGCUGGAGCGCGCCUUCGAGAAGUCACACUACCCCGACGUGUACAGCCGCGAGGAGCUCGCUGCCAAGGUCAACCUGCCCGAGGUCCGCGUCCAGGUGUGGUUCCAGAAUCGCCGUGCCAAGUGGCGUCGGCAGGAGAAGAUGGACGCCAGCACCAUGAAGCUGCAUGACUCACCCAUGCUGUCCUUCAACCGGCCACCCAUGUCCGCCAACAUGGGCCCCACAAGCAACUCCCUGCCUCUGGACCCCUGGCUCACCUCGCCCCUGUCCAGCGCCACCCCAGUGCACAGCAUCCCUGGGUUCAUGGGCCCCCCGCAGGGCAUGCAGCCGGGGUACCCCAGCCACCCCUACCUCAACACCCCCCCAUCCAUGGCGCAGGGCAUGCAACAGAUGGCACCCCCACCCUACCAGUGCUCCACCACCUUCGUGGACAAGUAUCCACUGGAGGACGUGGACCAGCGCAGCUCCAGUAUCGCUGCCCUGCGGAUGAAAGCCAAGGAACACAUUCAGUCCAUGGACAAAACCUGGCUGCCCAUCUGA